UAUAAGCACACUUUUAGGUUUUCCAUAGGGCGAGAAGUUAUUGUGUUCUGAAAUAAGAGUGAAAGAAAGGAUGGAGUUAAGUAAGUUAAGGGCACUUAUUUUGAUAUUAGUUGCUUUUGUAGGCCAGUCGAAUGCCUCCUUAACAAACUUUAAGGAUUGCUACUCGAAAUGCUUUGUGUUCUGCUUAAUUGAACCUUCUCAAAAUCUCUGCACUUGCACCUCUAGAUGCUUAAAAGAAUGCAUCUUUAAUUCAGGUUCUGAUAAUAGUAGUACUUCUACUGCCACGUCCAGUUCAAACAAUGAUGUUCGACUUCAACCAGACAGUAAAAACCUUAACUUCUGCAAGCUAGGUUGUGCCUUCUCUACCUGUUCCACUCUCAGCUCAAAACAUCAACCUAGGGUCACGGGUUCAAGUGGUAGAAACAACCUCUUGCAUUUUUUCAGGGCAAUGCUGCGUACAAUAGACCUUUGUGAUGGCGGAAAAAUGGAUGACUGUGUUGGAUCCUGCUCAAGAAUGUGCACCAAGAACUACUCCUCACCUUAGAAGUGGCACUGCUACUGUCUCGAGUAUUUUAUAUUUUUAUGGGACUUUAUUAUCCUCUUCGUUUUUACUUAGCUUUUUUUUUUUUUUUGCCUUUUUGCAGUUCCCAUUUUCUUUUUUGUUUCUUUUAUUAUCUUGUUUUCCAGUGUGGGAAAGUAAUUCACAACAACGUGUUUCUGAAUUUGAGGCUUCCUAGCUUUCCCUGAUAUUUAUGUAAACUUCAGAUUUGGUGAUUC